AUGGCAGUUGGGAAAUCAGGAUCCGUCGAAAAUGGUUCCGCUGAAAAUGAUUUUGUUCUUUUGAUGAAUGCUGCUUUUUAUGUACUUUCUGGAUGUUUCCAACCUCUGCUCAUGACCUCAUUGAAGGAUGCAGGGGUUGCUGAUCCGACAUGUCAGCUUUAUAUGUUCUUCUACUACCUGGGACCGGCAUCUUUUAUUUUUACUCUGUCGGGAGAUCGUUCUGAGUGGCCAUCGAAUCGUGCCAUCAUCAAGGCGGUGGGAAUUGCCUUGUUUGACAUUGUUGCGGCAGCGAUGAACUAUACAGGUGCAAGUAUGGCAGGGCCAACGAUUUUCGCCAUUGUUUACAGCAGCGUCACAGUUUGGGCAGCGCUCUUUUCCCAACUCUUUUUGGGCCGCAAAAUGAAUCUUGGUCAAUGGAUGUUUGUUCUAGUCGUAUUUGGUGGAUUGAUGUUGACGACGGGUGGUUCGAUGCAUUUGGGCAAAGAUGUCGUCAAUGGUUUGGUCUUGAUUUUAUUUGGUUCCAUGAUGCACGCGCUUACCUAUGUCAUGUGUGAAGCCGUCAUGACUGUCGGGGAACACAUUUUGACGAUACGACAAAACUGUGCCAUACAGGGUAUUGUAGCAGCGUUUUGCUACUUGCUCUGGCAAGCCGUGUAUACAUAUCCUCGAUUUGAGGACAAGAUUUGGGAGCCAAUGCAAGAUGCUGGAUCGACCAUUGCAUAUGCCAGUUAUCUUUUGUUGGCUUUUGCGCUGAGUAAUACAGUGCACUCGAUAACUUUUUUCCAUACAUUACAGAAAUUUCCUGGGGGGGCUACGAGUGCAGGGGUGAUGAAGGGUUUGCAAGCGGUGCUGGUAUUCGUGUUCACCGAUUGGGUUUAUUGUGGGAAAACUGGUGGGGAAGAAAUGUGUUUUACACGAGGCAAAUUCUUAUCCUUGCUCACAGUGACAGGAGGUGUUGUUGGUUAUGGUUAUGCAACUCAGAAACGCCGUCAAAUAGAACUACGCGAGGAAGCUGGUUACGAACAGGUAGCAAAUAUUGGCAUGGACCCGUUGGAAGCGGUAAAUUGA